UUACCAUCGUUCUGCUUGAGAAUACUACUGCAUUUACUAUCAGACAACAUCUAGAGUGUUAGAGGAUUAUCGACCGUACGCUGCAGAUUGUGUUAAAGGCAGGUUAAAGCAGUAGUUGAUCAGAUUACUGUCUUGAAGCAGUCUUCCACACGCGGAGCAGGCACAUCUUAUUUGUGUACCUCCGACGACGCCUGAGCUCAAAUGACGGACCAGUUUGCAUAUUCGUAUCCCUCACCGUUAGAGGGAUAUGAGAACCUAGAACCGCUAUCUGAAGAAAGAAACGAGGAUGGAAAGUCCUUAAGAAACCCCCAACAUGGGAUUCUGAGUAAGGCAUACGAGGAGUUCCCGGACCCUCUCACCAAGGGUCGUCGUGGGGGCUUCGAUAUUCAUAUCUAUCACUUCCAGAACAAUCCAGAUCAGGUCGCUUUUGCAAGAGCCCUGUGGGAGAGGAUCAGGCGUGAAUUUCCCGAGUUACGAAUCUACCAGUUCUUCGACAGGCCGAUAGGGCCUCAUCCAGUGGCCAUGUUCGAAGUUAACCUUUUCACUCCUGCACAAUUUGGUGCCUUUGUGCCCUGGCUUGUUGUCAAUCGGGGACCCUUGAGUGCAUUGAUCCAUCCGAAUACGGUGGAAACCGAGGAAGAGCGUAAUCACACCCAACGUGCUACUUGGCUGGGUGAAAGAAUACCUCUCGAUUUACGGUUAUUCAAGUUGAUGAAAGAGGCACAGAAGAGAAAGGAGCUUGAGGCGGAGAAGAAGGCGGCUGCAGAAGAGAAGUUAUGAUUUCGGUUCUCUGUUGAUCCGUGCUCACUUCGGGAUGGUGUUGGCUUCUAUGUAGUCAGUCGUAUUGACUUGGUUGACUUUGACAAUUUGAACCCGGAAUGGGCGCUAAGAAGGCUUGUCUGUUUAUGAUAUCCA